GGUAAUGAUGUGCGCGUGUUGAAUACAACAACCAGACAGUUCGCGUUCUGAGCAAGAAAAAAAUUUACCACGUUGCGCAGAUUGUAACAUACCACACCAUUUUCUGUCUGGCGCGCAUUUUUGUCAAUUUUCGUCGUUGUCGUUUUGAGUUUAUUUCACGGAAUCAGAGCGUUUGUUCAAAUCUUUAUGUACUCCGCUUUUACGCUGAUCAUGAGAACACAGAUUUUCUUUGAUCAUUUUGCUUUUUUAUGAUUUAUAUUUGCGAUGCUGCCUGUAUCAGAGUAGUUAUUGAGCUCGCAAUAAUUUUGCCGUCGUUAUACAUGCAGUUUAAAUGGACGUAUCCAUAAUCUUUACACAAUUAUCGACAGUACUUGCCGCUAUACUGGGCAUCCUUCGCUUUUACGUUGGAGCUUAUUAUGAUUCCAUUACGUGCUACGGCACCGGCGACUGUAUUAUUGGUCUUACACAAGGCGGUCACUCCGAUGACCAGCACAAAUGGAAUACAGAAUGCCAUGACGGGGAAGCGCUGAUCGCCAUAUUAGACGGUUCCUCAGAUUACCAGGGUUUCGGACAGAUAUGGUGUCGGUUUAUGUUCCCCAAGAAACCACCGACUUUUGGAAUAUAUCCGUAUUAUCCUUGGUGUCAUAUUCGAGAUAUCUCACUGAAAGAAUACUACUGCUACGAUAGGAUGUGGCCAGCGGACACGUACGACACGUUUGUAACCGCGGUAACAUCCUCGCAGUUUUAUCCAGGAGGCAUCAGUGUAUCAAACCAAUACAAAUGCUGUAGAACUCCUGAAGGCUACCAUCUGGAUUAUCGGCGAUGUGAAUAUAAAUAUACGCAUGACAAAUAUGGUGAGCACUACGAUUCGGCUUACUGGUUAGUCCAGUGCGACCGGCAUUACUUAUUAACCGGUCUCGGACAAGCCACAAAUCCAUGGACAAAUGCCGUGCAUUAUGUUUGGAUACAGUGCUGUCCUCUUGUGUACAACCCGUAUUUCCGCACACCGUACAUGGAUAUCCCGGUUCCCAACAAUCAGACUAGUACUAAUCAAACGCGCACAAAACGGGAGGAACUGUAAUACCGUGAUUACUGUGAAAUGUGGAGAAAAACUGCGAUGUGGAUUAUGUUAAUUGUUGAAAACGCAAUCCUGAGAAGAUCCCGCAUUCGGAAGCUUACUGCUUUCUAAAAAACUUGGAUAAGUUUUGGUUUAGAAUAGAGGGAAGAAAACAGACACGUCGGCAAACUGUACUGUAUCUUUUUCCGAACGCCUUUCAUGAAACUGUGAUAUUCUUGCUACUUUGGCAACGUUGUUCAUAAAACGAUCGGGAUGCUAUAAUAAAAUGCUUUCAGCUGAAUUAGUACUGCGGUAACUGAAAUCAAUAACGACUUUAAGUAGCUGAUUAAUUCGGCGCAAUGCCUCUGAAUCACUGCUCAUCUUGCAAGUAAAACUUGAUCCUUUCCUUUUUUCAGCAUUUCUUGUCAAAAACCGUUUAAGCUACCAUCGAAAAUAAAAUGCAAAAAGCGAA